AACUAACGUGGCCCCGUUGCGUGCCCGGAGUCUAACGAGUUACACCACCGUGACGAAACGCAACGCAAGGUGAAUCUUGCAGGCUAGCGUAUAAAAGCUAUUGUCACCGACUUGGACACAUCACAUUCGCAUCUUCUGUCCACUACACAGAAACAACAACAAGCAAAAUGUUCAAAAUUGUGCUCCUCGUCACCUUCGCUCUGGCUGCUGCCAAACCCAGCGUCGCUCCCGCCGCGCUCGUGGCUCCAGCAGUUGCAGCACCCCUAGUGGCCGCGCCCGCGCCCGUUGUGGCCCCCGCGCCCUUCGUGACAGCGACUAGCUCCCAGUACGUCUCAAGGAAUUACAAUGGACUGGUUGCCGCUGCCCCCGUUGUCGCUGCUUCCGCUCCUUUAGUCGCGGCGCCCGCUCCUUUAGUCGCUGCGCCCGCUCCUGUAGUUGCUCCAGCUCCAUACGCUGCUGCCCGCUUUGUGGCUCCCGCUGCACCGGUGGUUGCCGCUCCUGCCCCGUACCUCGCUCCGGCAGCCAGGAUUGUAGCCCCUGCCGUCGCACCAGCCCCCGUCUUGCCCGCGUACGCUCGCUACGCUGCACCUUACGCUGCGCCGUACUACGCCCCUUCUGCUCCUUACUUCGCCCUUUAAAUAAAAAGAAGACUGAUCAUUUUUACCGAAUAAAAUUGUAUAUAACAUA